UUCACUUUCCAUUCUGGCUGCUGCAAAUUGUUAGUUCUGUUCAGGCAGGAUUUGAAAGAGCACACCCUGCUUUGUGCCUAGGAUAAACCGCCCGUUUCUUUCAUGCCACGUUUGUGUGGAUUUCUCUGGGUUACACAUCGGUGAGAAGGACAAAGCUGCAGUGAACACAGAUACAAGCAGUCAGGGAUGGACGGGGUUGAUCUGGAACUUGGGGACUUGAUUGAAAUCUUCCGCUUGGCGUACCAGCACUGGGUGAUCUACGUGGGAAACGGUUAUGUCGUCCAUCUGGCUCCACCAAGUGAAACUGCUGGAGCAGGCUGUGCCAGCCUCAUGUCCACCCUCACCAACAAGGCCUUGGUGAAGAAGGAACUGCUCUUGGAUGUGGUGGGGAAUGAUCGCUACCGGGUCAACAACAAGCAUGAUUCCAAGUAUGCCCCACUGCCCACUAACAAGAUUAUCCAGUUGGCAGAAGAGAAGGUGGGCCAGGAGCUUGAGUAUAAAGUCACCAGCGAGAAUUGUGAACACUUUGUCACUGAACUGCGCUAUGGAGUGGCCAGGAGCGAUCAAGUCCGAGACUUCUUUGUGGGGGCCACCAUUGCGGGCCUGGCAGGCUUGUUCGUUGGCAUCGGCACUGCCAUGGUCAGGAGGAAAAAGCAGCAGAACCAAUAAUGAAGAAAAAGCAGAGUCUCUGAGAUUCUCUGUCUUGCUGGCUUUUUUUGCUCCAUGUCCCUCUGAUCUCUCUCUCUCUCUCUCUGUUAAGUUUCUAAAAACGUGAGCUACGACCACCUUAAAAAAAAAAAAGUUAUUUGCAGCCGCCUCCCAAAAUCCCACCUUCUCCUUAACUCCCAGGCUGGAGGCUAAUGCCCAUAUUUUUGUUUUCCAAGUAAAAACAAGGGGUCAAGGAUGGGUUGAGUGACCCUUCACUUAAUCCAGGGAGGAGGUUCUGCUUGGGGGAUGAAUGGAUUUUGCUCUCCUCCAGAAAAGGCCAACAUUAAGUAACUUUGAUCAGAUUAAGGCUUGUCUCUGGCCUUCAAAAAGGUGGUGGUGAUGGGUGUUGAAGGGCAAGGAAUAAGGCAGAGCCAAGACUACAGCUAAAUCUGAUUUAAUUUCCAAGUGUACAGUACAUAUUGUAAUUUAUUCUCACCCAGUUAAUGCAUCUGAUCUCCAUAUAUCCAUACUUUUUGCUUCAUCUUUUAAAAACGCAGUUUAGCAUCACCUUCUGGAGAAUCUCAGGAGACCACAGCAAGGCGCUGGGUCGGCUAGAAGUGGCCCUCAGACUUCAGGUUGUGGGUCCCUGGCCAAGAGGGCUGUAGAUACGAAAUGUGUAGAGACCCACAUCUAAGAAAUGCUCUUAGAUGUGGGUCCAGAUCCAAUGGCUGGGUGUCCUCCAGGUACAUUACAAAUACAUUUGAAUAGAGGUUUUCAAACUUUUUCGGGCUGCAGAAGCUGUUGGUUAAAAAAAAAUUAAAAGUCCUCAAACUUCUGAUCGAGAGGCAAAGCUCUAGUGAUGCAAAAUGAGCUGUUUGAACUUUUUUUCCCUCCUUAAUCUUUCACUGAAACCUAUCGAAUUCUCAUGGACCUCUGGGGCUCCACAGAACACAGUUUGAAAAACCUUGCAUUGGGUUGCAAUUUCCCUGUUGGAAAUGGUUUUUUCCUGACAAAGGACUUGAAAAGGGGUCACCUCUAUCCCCAAUGUAAGCUCCGUCUAUAACUGCAAAUACCACUGUUUGUGCAUAACUUUCAGUAGCGUACUUUUCUUUUCAGGCAUGUAUUUUUGUGAAUUAUUGACUGAGAAAAGGCAACAAAGUCUGGUGGGUGUUGCUUCUAGUGAAAUUAGUGGCUAAAUUAUUUUCCAUCCUUAUUAGUUAUUUGGCCCAGGAGGACUGUAGGGAGCAGUUGAGUUGCUAACUUGAGUUGUUCCACCCCAGCGUGGCUGAAGUGAGAAUCCUUAUGCUAUAUUUAUCCGUCUCUGCUUUGUAUUUCAGACAUUUCAGCCAUGCAAGGCAAUGCCAUGGAGGCUUAAAUCUUAAAAAGUAACAUUUCAGAGUUAUUAGCUUUUUAUUUGAUAGCUAUAAAAUACAGGAUGGAGACAAGUGAUUAAAAAAAUACAUACUGCCCUCUAAUAACAUGUCAACAGCAUAACGAGACAUCCAGUUUCUGUGCAAAAACAGUGAUUAAAAAUAAAUCUGCUUCUUUUAUUGUAAAGGGAAUUUUUUUUUUUUUUUAAAGAAACAAGCCACUCUUUUAACAGAUGUUUUAUACUUGGCGUGAAGAAACACAUGAAUAAAAGCUUUGAGUUUUGAGCCUG